AUGAGUCUUUUUCGCCCGCUACCUCAUGCCGGCGACCACCUAGCUCAAGAUUCACUGUCAACCCCGGAUGGGAGCUGUCGGACCCACAGCCUAGACAGUGCAGCUCAAGCCUCUACCACCCUGCCCUCCCUCAAUGACCGAGAUCCUGAAGGGCAUCAUCCCGACGGUGCAGGUGCGCCCUGCACCGACGUGCUCACUCUCAGGUACCGAGUUCCUGAAGAGAACUGCCACGACGGUACAGCUGUGUCCGGCACCUCAUUCACAGCAAGCUCUGCGGAACGCACCACCACAGACACUGACGCAAUCCGCAAGGCGGGCAUCGCAGUCCAGACCUCAGACUCCGCGUCUGGACACACCUCACGACAUACAUUGCUCCAGAGCAAGACCACCUGCGGGCCACCGAAGCCGAUGACGGGGACCCCAAGCUCCUCAUCACUUGGAAACGUGGAGACUCCGGCUCCUCUAAUGCCUGACACGCGUGCAGUCCAGAAGCCGAACGAGCCCAUGACAGCAGAUGGUCACCUUGCGCCGAAUGGGAACCGGGGAGACCCCCCGGAGGCCGGGAGGCCUAUGGAGGCCGGGGAGACAAACACGGCUGCAGACAUUGAAGACAUGCCUCUGCUAUCUAAGUGUUACGCUCCCGGGACGCCAGCACAAGACGUUUCCUUGCACGCACAUCUGUCACCUCUGUGCGACGCUAAAGUUAUGGACACUGAUGACUCGGCAGCGCUGAGCCUUCUCCCAAGGUCGCGCAACGAGGGUCAUCCACUAGCGUCAUUUCCUGCCGCUCAGCCUGUUAAGUCACAGCGUGACCAAGGCUUUCAACGACCACCCCGACACAGCCAAUGUCGCCCUCCGGAAUGCUCGGCAGCUCAGCCGGACAAGUCACGGCGUAUCCAUGCAACACCCACCACCGCGACAAAGUCAAUGCCGCCCGCCUGA